GCCAACAGAUAUCACAGUACGACGCAGUACGAAAAACCAAUUGGAAGUUUAAAAAUUCCUAAAUAAUCUAAUUCAGUUUUUAUAGUCCGAUUGGCAAUUUCGUGUUGUUGUUUUUCUUUCAAUAAAAAAUAAAUAAAUUUUCAAAAAUGUUCUGCAAAUUGGCAUUCAUCUCCUCACUCAUCGCCUUGGCGCUGGCCAAACCACAACAUCUCCCAGCCGCCCAGUAUCCAGCUGGCGUAAAUCCACAGGACUGUCCCGGUUUCCCGAUCUGUGAUAACGCACGCCUACACAAUCCACAAGCGCACUGGGGUGCACCAGCGCCCGCUUGGCAACCACAACCCCAGUGGGGCGCACCAGCUCCCUCAUGGCAGCCACAACCUCAAUGGGGCGCACCAGCACCAUCAUGGCAAGGCGCUCCAGCGGCCAGUGCUGGUGGUGAUAAAUUCCCAGCUGGCGUCAAUCCACACACCUGCCCCAACUAUCCCUUCUGUGAUGUGAAUGCUGGUCAUGGUGCUGUCGCUGCGCCACCACUACCCGGCUGGACCGAACGUCAGUACCCUGCCGGCGUGUCACCACAUUCGUGCCCCAACUUCCCAUACUGCAACUAAACAAAACGUAUACAACACCGUCAAUCAACGCCAUCGCAACUGUAGCGUUAGCUUGGAGUAGCGCUGCAGCUGUGGCAGUGCGCGCCUACAGCCUGUCGGACGAAGUCCCGCUACCAGUAUCCCUAUAUCCAGAACAAAACAACACAAGAAAAAUUGAUUCCCUUAUACAGCCUAUCCACUGCCAAUGUCAACCAACCAACUUCAAUGUCAACUACCGCUUCCAUAUCAUUUUUGUUUUUGUUAUUGCCUUCUUACUACAGCGCCUGAAGUUCUCAAGUUCUCAAUACUAUUGUACAGCUGGAGUUUAUUGUUGUUGGUCCACCAUAAGUAAAUAAAAUAUGCAUUUGGAAUUUUAUUUGUCCUUAUA